AUGGAUUCUGAAACAGCGAUUCAGCUCCUGGAGGCUCAGCGGCAAGUUUGGGAUCACUCCUUCGCCUACAUCAAGACCAUGGCUGUCCAGUCCGCCAUGGAACUGGACAUCCCACGCGUGGUCCAGAACCACGGCAAGCCCAUCACCGUCGGCGAGCUGGGCUCGGCCCUGAAAAUCGCACGGGCCAGAGCCCCUUUCCUCGCCCGCCUCAUGCGGAUGCUGGCCCACAUGGGCUACUUCGUCGUGGAGAAUCUGAAAGACGGCGAUGAUGAAACAGCCGCGAGCUACUCCGCAACGCUGAUGUGCGGGUUUCUGGUCAAAGACAAACCUUUCAACGCUGCGACGUGGUUCGUCCUAGCCAACGACCCGAUCCUCGUGGACCCGUGGCGCUCCUUCGGCGCUUGGAUUCGUCAACCCCCCGCCGGCGCCGCCGGCGCCGAAGAUCUCCCGUUCGCUAUGGCUCACAACGGGAAGAAGCUGUACGAGGUGUGCAGGGAUGUCCCGCGGAUGGGGAAGAUGAUGAGCGAAGGUACCGAAAGUGACAGCUGGAUGUUCAGCAAGGCCCUGCUGGCCAAGUGUGGGUCCCACUUCCAGGGCCUCAAGUCCAUCGUGGAUGUGGGCGGGAACACGGGCACGAUUUCCAAGGCCAUCGCUGAGGCAUUCCCCGGGAUUCACUGCACCGUCUGCGAUCUUGCCCAGGUGGUCUCUGGCCUGGAAUCUACCCAGCCCAAUCUCAACUACGUCGUUGAGGACAUGUUUCAAAAAAUCCCUCCUGUUGAUGCUGUCUUUCUUAAAUGGGUACUGUGCGAUUGGGGCGACGAAUCAUGUGUGAAGAUACUGAAGCAAGCCAAGGAAGCGGUGACGAGCAGCAAAGGUGGGGGAAAGGUAAUGCGACAACCUUUUAGGGUUGAGGAGAAAAGAGCUUGA